UUCACAAACACCGCAAUGGGCAACCGCACCUCGCGCCACCGCCGCGCCGCCGCCGAGCAGCCGCCGACGCCCCCGCCGCCCGCGCAGCCCAAGCCCCAGCCCAAGCAGGAGACGGCGCCGCCCCGCCCGCAGCCGACGACGGCGCCGCCCCCCUGCCCAGCCCCGGCGCCGGAGGCGGCGGGGCAGGCGAUGGGCCGCGUCCUGGGGCGGCCGAUGGAGGACGUGCGCGCGACCUACACCUUCGGCCGCGAGCUGGGGCGGGGCCAGUUCGGGGUCACCUACCUCGUCACGCACAAGGCCACGGGGCAGCGCUUCGCCUGCAAGUCCAUCGCCACCCGGAAGCUCGUCCACCGCGACGACAUCGAGGACGUGCAGCGGGAGGUGCAGAUCAUGCACCACCUCACGGGACACCGCAACAUCGUCGAGCUGCGCGGCGCAUACGAGGACCGCCACUCGGUCAACCUCAUCAUGGAGCUCUGCGAGGGCGGGGAGCUCUUCGACCGCAUCAUCGCCAGGGGACACUACUCCGAGCGGGCCGCCGCGGGGCUAUGCCGCGAGAUGGUCUCCGUCGUGCACAGCUGCCACUCCAUGGGGGUAUUCCACCGGGAUCUCAAGCCCGAGAACUUUCUCUUCCUCAAUAACAAGGAGGACUCGCCGCUCAAGGCCACUGACUUCGGCCUAUCCGUAUUCUUCAAGCAUGGGGAGCAGUUUAAGGAUCUCGUUGGAAGUGCAUAUUAUGUUGCUCCUGAGGUUUUGAAACGCCACUAUGGAGCAGAAGCUGACAUAUGGAGUGCUGGGAUUAUUCUCUACAUCCUUCUGUCCGGUGUUCCUCCUUUUUGGGCAGACACUGAGGAUGGCAUAUUUGAGGCUGUCUUGCUUGGCAACAUAGAUUUCUCAUCUGACCCUUGGCCUUCAGUAUCCAAUGGUGCAAAAGAUUUGGUGAAGAAGAUGCUGCGGCAAGACCCCAAAGAGCGCUUGACUGCUGCGGAGAUUUUGAAUCACCCAUGGAUUAGAGAAGAUGGAGAGGCCCCAGACAAGCCACUUGACAUCACAGUUAUCAGUAGAAUGAAGCAGUUCAGGGCAAUGAACAAACUCAAAAAAGUUGCAUUGAAGAUCGUUGCAGAGAACUUGUCUGCAGAAGAAAUUACUGGCUUGAAAGAAAUGUUCAGAUCCUUGGAUACUGAUAACAGUGGCACAAUUACACUUGAAGAGCUAAGAUCUGGUUUACCAAAACUUGGCACCAAAAUUUCCGAGUCAGAAAUUGCACAGUUAAUGGAGGCGGCUGACGUUGAUGGAAAUGGGACCAUUGAUUAUUCUGAGUUCGUGUCAGCCACAAUGCACAUGAAUAGAUUGGAGAAGGAAGACCACAUACUGAAAGCAUUUGAAUAUUUUGAUAAGGACCACAGCGGAUACAUAACAGUAGAUGAGUUGGAAGAAGCUCUGAAGAAGUAUGACAUGGGAGAUGAUAAAACAAUCAAAGAAAUCAUCGCUGAAGUAGAUACAGAUAAUGAUGGAAGAAUCAACUACCAGGAGUUCGUUGCCAUGAUGAGAAACAACAGCCCUGAGAUCGUUCCGAAUCGGCGGCGCAUGUUCUAAUUGUCUUCUAUAGUUAUUAUUUGAAUACGCUUAAACAUCUUCUUGGCCCCCAUUAUCUUCCAAGAAAACUUUUGAGGGAUAUGCUACUUCGAUGCUAUCAUCCCUCAUCUUUCGAUUUGGAGUGUAUUUCUUCGACCAUAUGAUUUGUUCACCAAGAGUGUGUGAUCAUAUAUGCUUACUACAUCUUGAUCAUUUAUAUCAGAACGGGCAUGGUAUAACAGUUUUUGAUUGAUUA